GGUGUUCGUGACGAAAUUCGGUGAACCUACUUCUUCGCAGCGACCAUGACGCCCUCACGGAAGAGGUACUGCCACAAAUGUUAGCUCCAGGUUCCCUUGCUGUUCGCUGAUGUCGAGAUUCUCCAGGAAAUGCGUUGUCUAUGCUCCUCUGAAAGCGGUACACACAGAAUCAGCAUACCUCAUGGAUCGCCUUGCGAUCAGCCUUAGGAAUAAGCAUCUUGUCGGCUGGACCGGUGUCGACACACGUGACAUUUCGACACAGCCCCUUGCUGACUCCGCUGCCUUACGUUGCGCUCCUACGCGUUCGACACCAAUUUCCUGUCUCGUCUCGACACCUCGCAAUACUCUUCAAACAAGUGCAGCUCGAAUCGCCAUUGCGGCUCCCGCCACGCGCGGGAAGGACCACGACAGCACCUGGCCUGUUGAUACGGACCUACAUAACAAAAUGGUUGCCAGCAAAAUCAACGUUCUCAUCACAAGCUUCGGCGGCACGGGCCUUCCGCCGACGCUAUCCCUCGCUCUGCCGCCAACGACGCCCAUAUCUGCCCUCGUGGACGAACUUGACAGCCGUCUCCCAAAACCAUGCACCUCUCACGCCACCCGUCUCCUGCUAUCAACUCUUUCCAACCGGCCUGUCCCACUCGACUCGGCUCGCACGAUCUCCGACUUUCUUCCAACCACCACCGCCUCCUCGGUUGAUGAUGGAUUCGCCCGUCUCCAAAAUGAUUUUCUCACACUGCGACUCUCCGCCCCGCUUCCAGGCGGGAAGGGCGGUUUCGGCUCGCAACUGCGCGCCGCGGGCGGCCGCAUGUCCAAACGCAAAAAGGGCGCCAACGCAGCCGACGAGAACGGGUCGUCCCGUAACCUGGACGGGCGCCGCCUGCGCACAGUCAACGAGGCCAAGGCGCUGGCCGAGUACCUGGCCAUCAAGCCCGAGAUGGAGAAGAAGGAGAAGGAGAGGAGGAAGCAGCGGUGGCAGCAGAUUGUGGAAAUGACGGAGCGGCGGCAGGAAGAGAUCAAGUACGGCAGUAAAAGGGUGGGUUUGGAUGGGAAAUGGGUGGAGGAUAAAGAAGAGACAGGCGAGAGGACGCGGGAGGCAGUCUUGGAAGCUAUUAAGAGAGGUGGGUACAGGGAUAAUCUGGUUGGGUUGGCUGGGGGUAGUGAUGAGGCCGGGGGUAGUAGCAGCUCGGCUGCUGAUGAGGCAGACGAGGAGAUGGAGGAUGAUGUAGGGGAGGCAAGCGGUGGGUCAAAGGAGACUACUCCGCCUUCGGAGCCGGAGCCGGAACCCAAGGGGGAAGGGAAGGGGAAGCUGACAGUAAACGGGAGUGGUAAUGGGACUGGGGGGGCGCGCAAGUUCUUUGGUUUUGAUGAGGAGGAUGACUUUAUGAGCUCGGAUGACGAGGAGAGUGAGGGUGAAGGUACCGCGGCAUAACACCGCAGCGAAUAGUCCGGCUCAUUGCAUGAUUUUCGGGCAGACCUUUGGUUGGUGGUGAUGGGCGUUUCUGGUACUGUACAGCGUGGGUGCGGCGUUCAAGGGUCCUGAUACAAAUUGACAUAAAAUGAUGAUACCAGUCAACUUCCACAUGCGUAAUCCCAACUGCAACAAUUCGUCCGUUUGCGGCCUUACCUGUCACUGCAUGAAGCGUACAAGAACGAGCGCCCCAAUUCUAUGCACAUUUCCCCUACUGCCGUGAGUUAAGUGUAACAAGAGCCAGGCUUGGUGCAGUCCCCGCCAACAUUCCGUCUCAUCACAUCAUCCCCUUACUGGUCCAGGCGGACAGGGAAGUUGCCAGCCUCUGU